AUGGGUGAUGAAUGUUCUGAAUUGGUCCGGUUCAAAGAGCAAUGGAUACAACGUUUUGGCAAUGAAGUUAGUCAAAGUCAAGAAGCUAGCCAGUUGAGUUCACCGUCUCAAUAUAGUGAGCAUGAGAAAUUUAUGUAUAAAGUUGUUGUCAGUACAAUAUCCGAAAUCACAACAAUGAAGGAGGAAGUGUAUUGUGUUACUGUUGCAACUACCGUCAAGUUUAAUUUAGGGAAUGGUUGCAGGAAGAAGACUGAAGAGAUAUGUGCUUUUAAGUGUGUCAUGUGUGGGUUUAAUAAUGGAAAAUCUGGAAUUAGAUAUAAGUUGGAAUUACAGGUCUGUGAUGGAGAUAGUUAUGCGAAUUUCGUCAUAUGGGAUCAAGACUAUAUUAACUUGAUUGGUGUAUCAGCUGUUGAGUUAAUGAAUAAGAUGAUUGAGGAUGGGGAGGAUGAUCCGAAAUGUUUUCCAGAGGAUCUAGAUGUUAUGCUGGGAUGUACUCUUGCAUCAAGAAGUAAACUUGAGUCAAAGAUGAAUAAAGAGUCCAACGCUGAAGCUACGUCUGAUUCCAGUACUGAGGAAAAUUCUAAGGGCAGAGACCAAAUACAAAAGGGUAAACAGUCUUUUCAUAUAUCUGUUUCUGACUCUAACAACGAAAAUGAAUCAUUUCCCAUUAUUUCUUACGAGUCUCAGACAGAUGUGAUUAAUAAGGAGUCUAGUCCCACAGAUAUAUGUGGUUCCAGGAUGAAAUCUAUGGCGGUUGGUUUGAUUAAAAGUGGAUCUCGUGGAAAAAAUAUUAAAGAAUCCAGUCCCACUGCAAUAUAUGGCUCCAGUACACAAUCGAAAGCUACAAAUCCGAUUAAAACUGGAUUUCAUGGAAAUAAGAUUAAAGAGUCUGAUCCUGUAGAUCUAAGUCCCUGCAGUACGCAAUCUAAAACACUUGCUUCCACUAAAACUCCAAGUCAUACAGCAAAGGACUUAUUGUUGGACUUUGAAGUUGAUUGCGACCACCUUGAAGAUAUACCAAGUGUAGAAUUUUCGAGGUCCAAGACUAAGAAACGAAUGAAACAGGAAAAACAUUGA